AUUUAAAGCUCCCACUGGUUUUCCUGAAAAAUUGAGUGGGCUCAGUUUCUGCAGCGCUUUCUUCCACUGCAAGAUGAACACCAUUCUGCCUUGCCAAGACCAGUACUUUGUAGGAGGCCAGAGCUAUAAUUGCCCGUAUUCCACUACAACGUCAGAAUCUAGUGUUGACGUUUCCACGGAGACUUGGGUCUCUUUCUGGGCCGCUGGUCUCCUGGACAACAGAGAGCUCCAACAAGCACCACAGGCACAGGAAUCCUUCAGUGACUCAAAUUUUUCUCUUCCGGACUUGUGCUCAUGGGAAGACGCUCAGCUUUCCUCUCAGCUCUACAGAAACAAGCAGCUGCAAGAUACCCUGGUGCAGAAGGAAGAAGAACUCGCUAGGUUACAUGAAGAGAAUAAUCACCUCAGACAAUACCUGAAUUCUGCUUUGGUUAAAUGUAUUGAAGAAAAGGCCAAGAAAUUGCUCUCAUCUGAUGAGUUCUCCAAAGCAUGUGGAAAAUUCAGGAAGGGGAAGAGAAAAUCCAAAGAACAAAGAUACUCUCCUGCUGAGAUUCCCCAUCCCAAAAAUGCCAAAAGAAACCUCUCUAGUGAAUUUGCUAACUGUGAAGAACAAGUUGGGCCCCCUGUGGAUCCCUGGGUCCUUCAAACACUUGGGUUAAAAGACCUUGACACUAUCGAUGACACCUUACCAGCUAACUACAGUGCCCUCGCAUCUCGUCCCAGAAGAGUCGCCAGCACAUUUUCCCAAUUUCCGGAUGAUGCAGUUGAUUAUAAAAAUGUCCCCAGAGAGGAUAUGCCAAUUGACUAUAGAGGUGACAGAACAACCCCCUUGCACAGCACUGCCACUCAUGGAGAAGAUUUCCACAGCCUUUCUCAACUUUCAAAUCCCCCAGUGGGGCUGAAAACUCUUCCUUACUGUAGUGCUAAUGUGUCACCCAACAAGACAGAGAUGGCAUUUUCCACAUCCCUGAGCCCUCAUUGUAAUGUGAAAACUCAUUCCUUCCACCAGGGACAAGCCUUUGUGCGUCGAGAUGAGGAGGGAGGCUGGAAGUUUACCUGGGUCCCUAAGCAGUCUUAGUGACCCCUCUUUUUUAUCACAAAGCACUGCCAUGAACUGUUUACAGAGACCUCUCUUGCACUUGAAUUUGACUAUGUGGAAUACAGAAGCUAUUGCUUAGACUGUCUCCUGCCACUUUAAAUGUCACUCUCAAUUACCCACUUAAAUCUGCAGGGAUUGGCUUCCAAGAAUCCAUAAUGAAACAUGUUCGCGCUUCUUUCACCUAAAUUUGACUUGUUUACACACCAAUACCUGCUAUUGCCAUCCUCCCUUUGCCCUACACUUGAAGAGGUAUUUUCCAUUUUCUUUUAUAUUCCUUUAAGACCUAGAUACAUUUUUCCAAUUAUAACCAGUUUAACAGAUUUUCCUCUUUUAAGUAGUUGAAAUAGUGACAGCCCUUUUACUUUUCUCCCUUUGUCAUUUCUGAAAACUGCCUUUAGAAUGAGCCCUAUUUUUGCUUCAGGUACUUACUACUGCAUGUUCAAAUAGCUGAGGGUGGGGUAGAACAAGUGUCUUUGCCCAUCACCACUACUACUGAAGACAUAAUGUGGAUGUGUGUAGUGUUAUGUUCAUGGCAGUUCAAAAAGUUCAGUGCCCCAUGGUGGCAUUGACAAAGUCUCUUAAAACAACUGUAACUUCACUAACAAUCAAUAUCACAGAUAAACUUUAAAAUUAUAAAGAAUUUAAAUUAGUUUUAAAUGCCUCAUGAUGUAUCAGCUUCUAUAUGUGCCCAGCAUUGUUUCUUUAACCAACAUGACCCCAAGAAGAACAUUUUGAGGGACUGUGGUAACAAAUCUAGUCAUCGUCUGCGACUACUACCCAGAUGCUGACAAACUCUUAUUGCUGAAAAUAGACUAACCUAGCUCAGCCAUUGUCUCAUUCAUUCAUUCAUUCACAUAUUUAUUUUUUCAUUGAUCAGUCCACCCAAGAUAUCUGUAGAAUACCUAAUGCCUACUUUGUACCAGGCACUAUGCUGUGUGAUAAUGAUAAAAUACAAGCAAUUUAGGCACUGUGACCACCAUCAUGAGACUUAGACCUACUCAUCUGCUAUGACUUUGAGAAAACGACUUCCCUUUUGUGAAGGUCUAGUUUCCCAGCUGUGGAAUACAGAAGCUGGACUAGAUAAUCACUAAUAUUCUAUGAAUUGAGGCUGGGACCUAUCAGAUUUACUCCAACAUGGCAAUUUCAGGUCAUUGAAGAAACUAAAGAGAAGUCUUUAGAUAGGCACUGCGAAUAUUAUGUAGGGUAAACUUUAUGUACAAUUAAUAAAAUUCAAAAAUAUAAGUCGUUUGAAGUUAACAUUGGAAAUCAUUGCUCUGAUCACAGUACUCUUUUUCUAGAGCCCAUUUUGCAGUUAACUCAGUCUAACUAUGUAAGAAUAAUUUGCAUCUAAAAAUAGAUACAUAUUAAUUUUUAAAUAAGUGUGGAUAGAUUGAAUAUAAAUAUUGCUAUCAAGGACUUCAUAUUUCUAAAUUUGAAACCAUAUAUUUUUAGUGCUUGUGCUAGUUUUCUUCUUUCCCAUCUCUCAAGACCCCUAUCCUUCCCAGAAUAAUUUACACAUCCUGUGUGUGCACCUAUGUUUUUUGGACAAACUUCAAUUAAUGAUGAAAUCCUUCAUGUUGAAACCUGUUUUCAUUUUUCUCUUUUCCACAUCUCCAUAAGUCAUCUUGCACAAUCAGUAUCUCACAGGUCAAGUGUGUUGGUUAGGAUUCUUUGUAACAAAGACCUGCCUUUCAUUGUUGUUGCUGUUUGCUUGUUGCUCUAUUUUGGUGAUGUAAGCAAAAGUCUGUUAUAAAGAUUUGUUACCACCCACUUUUAAAAAUAAUUUAUGAAGAAAAUCCAAUAUAGUAAUUAAUAUUACUCUCUGGAGUACUUUAAUAAGUAGAACACGUUCCAUUUUCUAAAAAAUAAAAUAAAAUAAAUAACUGUGCCUUUUGCAUUCUGGUGUCUGGUGUCUGGUUGGUGAAAUUUGUCUCUUUUUAGAAUAAGAGAUUUAAGAAUUGGAAUUACUGUACUUUAGUACACUAGGAAUUGAGAAAGUAAUAUAACUAAUUUUGAAAGUCUAAUAAUCAAGCUGUAAAAGGAAAUGUAUCAGUUAACAAAUAUUUAUUUUGCAUUCCUUGUGUGCCUUAUCAUGUGUUAAGUACCAUGAGGAUACACCCAGGCUUAGCACAAUGCAUUUGGUGUUUAAAACAAAACCACACAAAAUGUCAUAGCUUUUGAUAGCUUUUAAAUGAAACUUAAUUUUGGCCCAGUUUAAAGAUAUUACGAAACAUUUGGCAUAAAAUGUGAUAAGUUUUCCUGGCUUAUAUCAUGGAUGAUAUUAUGGAAGACAAUUACCACAUGUUUUUGAAAUCAUGUCUAUAAAUAUUUAAUAUCCAUUUAAAUUAUGUAUAGGAAAUUAUUUUGUUCAUGUUUGAGAAAUUAAAAAUUUCUUUCACCUGAGUGUAUGUUUUACUUGUAUGGCUUCACCAUGUCUCUCUAGUAAACCGCAGUUCAUAUUUUAAGCUAUAGUGGGAAAUAAAAAUGAAGUCUUUUGUGAUUGUGAUAACCAUUUUUAUAUUAUGCUUAACAUUCCCUAAUAGUAGAU